AGUAAUUUUUUUUCAUUGAAUGUUUUCACGUAAAUUGUUAGCGGCAGUGCAGAAUUAACAAGCAACCAUCUACAAUCUGUAACAUUGCAUUAGACAUACCAUUUUCUGUGGUCAGCAUUAUUCGCACGAGGUCCAUUGAUAAGGCAGAAGCGGGAACAUGAAUGAAUGGUGUCGAAAGAAGCCCUUGGAGUGGCAGGAAUAUGUCAACAAAGAGGUGAAAGUUACAGCUGCUGAACAGGAAUACCAAGGAUGGGUCUUCACGGUGGAUCCGGUGUCUGCCAAUAUUGUUUUAGUGAACUUUAAGGAUGGUGGGACGGCAUCUAUCGUGGCAGUGAUGGGCCAUGCUGUGGAGGCAGUGGAGGUGCUGAGAGAAGGGGACAGCGGCAUGGCAGAGCAGCUGACCACCUUAUUUAUGCCAGCAGGGGCCCAGAGUUACAGCAGAGAGGAGCUGAAGAAGAGGAAAAGCAGCCUCAGAGACUGGCUGGAGAAGAACCGGAUUCCUUUCACUGAGCAGGGUGCACAACAGGAAACACUCUGUGUGGCUGGGGUUUUAACAGUGAAUCCCCCAUAUGGACCUGAGGACUGUAGCAGCUCCAAUGAAAUUAUUUUAUCAAGGGUGCAGAGCCUUAUACAGAGCAAUCCAGACCACCAUCAAGUUCAAUAAGACUUUCAGCUAAUCUGGUCAUCUCUUUUUUGUUUUAUCAUUAUUGAGAUUAUAUAAUGUAAUGUAGUUCUGCAUUCCGCUUGUGGUCCAAAUGUGUGUAGAACAGGUAGAAGACAAACUGAGUGUUAAAUUUACACACACGCGUACCCACCUCCUACAAAAGGGCAUGUUUAUUUGAUUUUUUUGCUGCUCACUGAAGCACAAUAAGGUGACCUUGAAGGUAAGGCAUUAAAAAUGCCAUAAUAUGUAAACGUAGUGUGUGUCUAAUAUAUAUAUAUAUAUAUAUA